GCCAGAUACGGGUGCUAGUAAUAAACAAAAUGGAGAAAAAUCCAGCAGAAGACUCCGCCUUCCAAAGGUUGCAACAAAGUGGCCUCCUGGGUUCGGCAGGGACAUCAACUGGUAUCUCGCCAUCCCUCCAGGUCCCCACUGAUGAACGGGAACCGAACCCAGAUGCUGUGAAGGAUGAAGGCCAGCAACCAGUCAGUCAGGAAGACGCCCAAAUCCUUGUUGAUGCACAGUCGCUGUUGGCGAAAAAUGCGGAUGGCAGUUGUAGUUUCGUCAUUAUUCAGAUGGACGAAAACGGAGAUGGAAGUGAACAGAGUUAUGCCGUUAAGGUUGAGGCAAAUGAGGAUGGGCAGGCGUUGAUGACAGAGGCAGACGUCACCCAAGCACUCCUUGCAUUACCAACCGGACAUGCCGGAGGUGUUCAAUUUGAUACAGGUAACAGUGAAGUCACAGAGGCAAAUGCCAGAUAUGCCCGCCUAGUGGAAGCUACGUCAAGUAAACAACAGCCAUUUGAAAUCCUCCAGUCGGCUGCCCAGGCUAUAGCUGAUGGAAUGGUCUUCGAUCUUGAAGUUGAACCGGCUGAUGCGGCUGAGAAGGAGCCUGAAAGUGCAGCAGAGGGCCGGUUAGCGCAAGUCGACAACCUCGAUGACGGAGAUGUGUUGGUGUUGGAUGAUCCCUUUGAGAAGGAAGCUAAACUUGCUGCUCAGUUUAGAGCAUUGACACAGAUUCAAGAUAUCAAUUCAUUUUUGUCGGCAGUUCAGAAGUGCACAGACCCUGCCUGUGGUUGUCGUCAGUAUCAUUGCCCAAUAUGUCCAAAAGAUGUCUACAAGCCAGCAGUGCAGUCCAAAUUGAAGCGACAUCUGUAUGCUCAUUGGAAAAUUAGAAUAGACUACAGAGAUAUUGGUAUUGUUCGCUGCUACAGAAGUUGUCACCCCCACGAGAGCCAUUUCCACUGUCCAGAGUGUUCACGUCUCUUCACCAAGAGGAAUACGUUUAUUCUGCAUCUGAAUACCAAGCACGACGCCGGCGUGGUGGAUUCCAGAGCUGCUGAGAAUGAAAAGCAAGCGGUGACGAGGCAAGAACCGAAAAGAAAAACGCCAAAGGUCUACCAUAUGGUGAUGGCGGUGAUCGGCCCAGAAACGUUGGAUUACCUCGGAACCCACGUGCGGAGCGUUUUGGAGGAGUGCCAAGCGACCACGGGUGUCUCGUACAACAUGUCUGAACACAACUACUGCGUCCUAAAAGGUGACUUGGAGGCAAUAACAAACUCAAAUGCGAUGAUAGACGAAUUUAUGGAUAACAUUCGCAAAAAUCCACACUUUUAUGAUAAUAUUUCUUUGGGAAUUACCACAGGAACUUUAGCAGAGUCUGUGACUGAGACUGAAAAGCCAGUUUUUGUGGGUGGAAAAAGUCUAGGACUGGAAUGUGUUGAACAAGGUGAUGAUGUGAAACUGACUUGCGAGAGUACGGGAGAAAUUGUGGCAUGUGAUGAGAAUUCGGACAUUCCAAGUCGAGGUGAUGUGACUUCAGACAUUCCUGAGCAGGAUCCAGUGUUGGUGGGACAGAGUCUUGAUAAUGAUACAAAUAUUGAACCGUUGCGAGAUGCCAGCGUUGAACAGGCCUCCGAUCCCGACAUUGAACUGGUAAUUAGCACUGGCAGUGGUCGUAAGUUGUUGGGUUCAGAUGAGGAGGUGAAAAGUGUUGAAGAACUGUGUGAACAAGUUAAGGCCAAUGUGCAGCUAAUGCCAGCCGAGGCCGAAUCAUUUGUUGGAAAGGGUGAGGGUGGAGAGACUGACAAGCUUCAAGAAACGGGGACUGUUGACAGUUCAUGUUCUAAAACUGUUUGCAUUCCUCGACCAGAUGUUGCUGCAUCUCUUGAUUCUGAGAGAAUUGAGUGUGUCAUUUCCGUGAUAGAGGCGUCGUCUAUGAGCGACCGUGAAAAUAUCUUGAAAUCUUCUCGUGUGCCAACGGCAGUUGAAAGUGUAGUUGAGGACAGUGACUGCUCUGUCACACCGAAGAAACGAGGGCGCAAACCAAAGACUAGCAAAGCCUGUGUGGACACGACAACUGCUGACAAGUGUAGCAAAACUAAAGACCAGACACAAGUUACUCCAUCCUCCACUAGGAGUCUGCGCCGCAAGCGAAGUACUUACAGGGACUAUCAAUCAAGAAUGGACGCGUUAGUUAAACCGUGGACGAAAAAGACGAAUUGGGACGAAGAUGGCUACGUCAGUGAAAACGAUAUGGUUAUCAAAGAGGAGAUAAGUGAUGAGGAGUUUGGAACAAGGUCCAGGAAGAGAGGUUUAGAGGAUGCUUUGUAUGAGCCCGAUGCUAAGUUAGCAAAGUUGGACAUCGGUGCAAAAGAUGGCGCUGCUGUUAUAAAACGUAAAAGGGGACGACCACGAAAGACACUGCUGAAAAGUUAUGUUGUUGAAUUCAUGCCUGGAGCUGAUGAAAAUCGCCUGGAUGAAGAGAGUGGAAAGGCAGAGGUUGUUUUUGAUGUGAAAAAUCCCGCUGUUCCUACUGGAGAAGGUGCUGUUUCCGACUCUGUUACAAAGCAGCGGAGAGGUGAUGUACAUGUUGGAGAUGUGCAAACAGGGGCUAUGUUUGAUACACAGACUCCUGUUGGGGAUCCGGUUGUUACUGGUGAGGAGUCUCUGGAGGUGCCAGUCACCACUGUUCGGGAAUCUGAGGAGCCUGAUGAUAUGAAGGCUAGUGACUCUAAUACGUCUGCUUUGGCUGCAGCUCUGCUUGGUAAAAAGAUGAGUGAAUCCAUCUCUCCAAUCAAAGCCAACAAGGUCAGUAACUUGGAGGAAAAAUCAAAUGUUGAACUCGAUGUUAUAAAAGAUGACAAAACAGGUGAUAUCAAACUUUCUUUGUCUGUGUCGUUUCCCAAACCCAACGUCAAGCCUAUCAGGAGAAUCAACCGUCGUCAGUUAGUCAAAGGUCUGAAAAGAUACCAGUGCGAAGUCUGUGACUUAGUUUUUCAGCGGUGUGGCCAACUGACCAGGCAUCGACUGGUGACGCAUGGCUUGACUCGAGCGCCCCGUCCAAAAGCUGUCUGCGACAUCUGUGGCAAAGAGAUGCGUCGUAAGCAUCUCAAAGCGCACAUCGCAGCAGUCCACAAGAGCGAAAAGCCGUGGGAAUGCGACAUAUGUCAGAAAUCAUUUUCUACGCACUCGUACUUGAAGUAUCACAUGUCUACGCAUAAAGAUGCCGAGGACCGUGCGCGACCUCAUUUGUGUAGUGUAUGUGGCCGUGGUUUCUACAAGAUAAGCCAGUUGCAAGAUCACCUAAACGCUCACACUGGUUCUCGACCUUACAAAUGUGGAAUUUGUAAUAAGACUUUCCCGUAUCGCUCGGCGAUCGGCAAACACAUGACUGUCCACAGCCAGGACAAACCUUUCGAGUGUCACAUCUGCCAUAAGACUUUCAAGAGUAAGGACUAUUUACGCAAUCACCAGAUUACCCACGAGCCUCAGAGCCACCCGUGCCCGAAUUGUAAACGCGUUUACUCGUACCGUCACUCUCUCUUAAUGCAUUGCCGUCGUUGUCCCGGCACCGAGGGCAACCAGGAGGAAGAAUUGGAUCUUGAGAUGCCGGUCAACCAGUGCUACAUGUGCGGAUACUGCCAGGAGAUUUUCUACGAUUUAGAAACGGUCCAAGAACACUUAACGCAGCAUGUCCAACAGGAAGCAACUACUGCUGAAGAAUUGAUGCUCAGCUUAGCGAGCGCGGAGGCAGUGACUGAAGAACAAGCGGCAGCUAUCCAACUGGAGGCGGGGAUUCAUCACAAUGACGCCAAAGUCAUUGAAGACGGAUUGGUGCCACAGUCCACUGUGAUUGUUCAGGACGGCUUGGGCAAUGAAUCGACUGUUUACGUUCAGGAGGAUGGCACGCCGGUGCUGUUACAAGGGGAGGCGGUCUUUGGCGAUAGUGACCAGGGGGAGUGUGUCCUCGUCUCCGACCAAGACCAGGUGGCGCUGGCCGAGUCUAAUAUCCCUCUCACUGUCACAGCCGAGGUGCAGACAUCUGAAGGUACCGUCCUGGGGGUGCCAAUCAUUCUUCAAAGUUCACAAGCUUAAAAUAGCAACCUGUUGGCUUGGACGGGUAUUUUUGGUCCUUUAAAAGUGAAAAUGCUUGUACAAAAAUUUGGUUGAGUGCUAUUUAGGCUUCUUGACCAUAGGUGGGACUUGACUAUGGACAGAGUUAGAAUACUCCUCUCACAGUGCAUGUGUUUCGGCACCUACCCAAAUUCGGUGACCAUUGGCUUGAAUAAUGCAUAGUUCCUGUACAGUUCCUGCAGUAAUCCUCCAACACUAUCACUGAGUAAUCUUUCAAUUUAAACACUUUCGAAGCAGUGUGCAUGGGUCUAAGUAUAAAUCUGGCAUGGUUGUAUUAGAUUUGGUAUUCAUAAGACUCUGUUGGCAUGAGUGACGACUGCAGCAGGAGUGUAGUAGAUUUCCGAACAAUGACAUUCCUUUUGCAAAUUUAAUUAUGUAGUAUUGUAUACUAUAAACAGGAUAUGCCGCUAGGUGGUGCUGGCUCUCACUGGGGUGUGAUGGUUUUGUCAAGAAAAACCCUGCAUACCCUGGUGACAGUCAUCAGUAGCUGUGCUGGUAGCCCAUAGAAACUACAUGUAUUAAGAAUACAGUGGAACCUCCCUUAGCAGACACCUUUCUAUUAAGGACAACCUCUCUAUCAAGGACACCAGUUUUGGUCCCAAAGUGGUUGUUUCCAUUCAAUUUGACCUCUCUAAUCAGGACACCUCUCUAUUAAGGAAAGCACUUGUCAGUCCCGAGGGUAUCCGUAAUAGAGGGGUUCCACUGUGUAUGAAAGAAGAAGAAGACUUAAUUUAUUCUUGACACCACAUGUGUGUACAUGUACGAUAUUGUUGUUUUGUUCAACUUUGCUACUUCUGUAAAAGAUCUA